UUGCAAGUUAAAUUGCGGGCCGGCUUUGCAGAGGCAUAAGCAGACAUGUUGAGGGCUUUGAGCAGAAGAGCAAGCAGCAGGGGGUACGAGCGGCUGGGCGAGGAGCCGUCGUCGGCUGCUGUUUUGGAGGCGAAGUUGAAGAGGGUCACGAGCUCGCCGGCUAAAUUUCUCGGUUCACUUAGAAAAUCAACUCGAGAUCAGCCCAAAGCUCCGGCCAACUCUCCGGCGAAGCAGGCGAAGAAGGUGAGCAAGAUCCACCCGCUGUUCAGCCUGUUUGUGGACAAGCGGCGGAAGAAGGCGGCGACAGCGAAGCCGGAAUUUGCGAGGUACAUGGAGUACUUGAAGGAAGGGGGAUCGUGGGACGUGAAUUCAAAUGCGCCUGUAAUGUACUACGCUUGAAGGAUUUUGAAUUUUGCACUGUGUGUUAGUUGUUGCAUUAAAAUUGGCCAAUAAAGUGGAUGUUUAACUUAAGAAUUUGUUGUUCGUUUCGUGUUACCAAUCUGGACAGUAAUCAACUCUGGUUGACAGCUAGAACAAUCAUGGCUACGCUGGGUAUGUAGAUUGAAAUGUUUGAAAUCAAAUCGAUUCUGAAAAUUACUUCAAUCACAGAGACGCAUAAUAUUUUAUUUUAA